AUGCCACUUUUCGAAACAAUAGCUAUCGAUUUAGAAAAACUAAGCUCUACUGCUGAGAAACAUUGGGGUGUCACUGUUGGUGAAUGCAUCAAAUCCAGUCAAAAUCAUACAUAUAUUGCAACUGGAAAAGAUGGUGAAAAGCUAAUUUUACGUGCAACUCCAGACCCACAAAGACGUCGUAUAGAUUCUACCAGGUUGGAAGUUAAGCUGUUGGAUUAUCUUGCUGAUAACGGACUCGAAGUAUGUCCGGCUCUGAAGAGUAACAUCACCAAUGAGUCGCUUGUCGUAAUGGAUGAUCCAUGUGUAAUUAUAUGUCUCUAUAGAUUCGCUAAAGGCGAGCCAGUUGUCUAUACUGAAUGGCGAUGGUUGGAAAACAAAGAGAUUGUAGUGGCGCUCGGCCAAUGGUUUGGAAAGCUACAUCAACUCACCCGGCGAUUCCAAGUGGAAAAUCCGGAUCUAGCUAGUACCGCCAGACACUGGACAACCCUCCACGAUUCGAUACUCGCUAGCUACCAAGUGGAUCCACUCGAUCUUGCGGUGGAGAACGAUUCUCAACACUUUGGAAUCAUACACGGCGACGUCAACCCGAGUAACUACUUCUGGCAACCCGAUGUCAAGAUGGUAUCGAUGUUCGAUUGGGAUCAGCUACAGAGUGGUUAUCUUCUCUACGAUUUGUCCGCACCGAUCUGGGGUGUCGUUACACUCGAGCAACACGGAUCGACAAUGGGAGCAGCUCCAGAGAACGCCAGCGCCAAACAAUAUACACAAUGGCUGCUAGAGGGAUACGAACCAAUUGAAGGACCAGUCGAUAGAAAGCGUCUCGAACGUAUGGUUACAAUCAGACGUGAACUCUAUGUUCGUUUCUCUAAAUAUCGACAUUUAGAAUUCAAUAGAUAUUGGAUUGUCAGAUCGAUUAUAUGUGGGUCUGCAUUCAUUUGGAUUCUCGCUCUGUUACUUGGUAAUCAAUUUCUAUGGUAUUCAGAUGGAGGACUUUUCGGUUCGAAUCCACGUUACUAUAAAUAUGUUUGUAGUCUACAUCUAUUCUUCACUGUCGGCAGCGCAGAACCAUUGUUUUUUAUUGUAUUCUUAUUUAUUCUUAAAUCAAAAACAAGUCCAAAGAGAAGUUCUUUGUAUAUAGAUGAUCCAAAUUAUUAUGUUGUAAAACGAUCGAUAUUAGUUACUAUUCCGGUGGUAAUUCUCCAUAUUGCAAUUCUUAUUAUAGCUGCAUCGGAUGUAAAGAAACCAUCCAAUCAAUUUUGGAAUACCUACGAUGAUGAAGCCAAUAAAUGUUUCGAACCCUUUAUUAUAUUAACAAAAUCAUCAAAUCAUCAAGUUUUAAUAUCAAGAAAAUUCGCCAGAUCAUUAAUGAAUAAGAAUCUACUCAGCAGAAUCAAAUUAUCAGCAUUAUGCUUUAUACUAUUCUUACCAUUGGAAUUGGCAACUCGUAUUUUAAUAUUUUUCUUGGAUAUAAAGCAAACACAAGCACUAUAUUAUGCAUUUUUCUUUGUAGAUAUUCUAGUGAUAAUUAUUGCAGUUUCGGAAUUUGUACUCUUCCCAAUUCUCGAUUCGAUUGGAUUCACAGUUUCACUGUCGAGCUUCAGUAUCAGGGACUAUAGAAUCAACAGUCGAAACUAUGAACACAUCGACGAAAAGGAUGUCAUCUCUGUACAUACUUCAAGACCAGAUGAAAUUCUCACACCCAAAGAACCAAAACCACAAAUUACAACUCAACAAAAAAUGGCACUAAAACAGAAGCUUCAACAACAAACAAAUAACAACAACAAUACCAGUGGUAAUAAUAAUAGUAAUGGAAAUGAUAUAGAGAUGGAUAGAUUAAAGAAUAAGAUAUUCAAUCGUGUCAAAGACACCGAAGAUAUUAACAAUAAUCCAUCCUCACCGUUUUCAUCGCCACUCACAUCGUCGACCUCUAAUAAAUCACCACCUCCACUGUCUCUACUGUCAGGCUCACCAACAAACAACAACAACAACAAUAGCAGCAACAAUAACAAUAACAACAACCUGUUACACCCACAACAACACCCAAUCGGAUCGGUAUCAUCUACAUCAUCGACAUCGUCAUCAGGUCACGAAAGAAAGAAAUCAAGAAGAUUCUCACUCGCUAUCAACAUCAAAAAGAAGACUCCAUCGCCAACUGAAUCGCCCAUUCUCACACCAACAUCUGUAUCUCCAACAUCUACCACCAGAAUUCUACAACCAACACCAGUCGAUGACUUUAAGAGUCAACUAAUGAAGUAUUCACACCAGAAUCAAAGAUUCUAA